GCGCAGGCGCAGUCUCUUCCCAGCCUCAUCCCGGAAGGGCUCCUGUUUCCCAGCGUGCCCCGCGCGCUCCUUUCCGGCCGGUGCCCGGGCAGGCGUCGCUGAGAUGGCUCCCGCAAAGAAAGGCGGCGAGAAGAAGAAGGGGCGCUCUGCCAUCAACGAAGUAGUAACUCGGGAAUACACCAUCAACAUUCACAAGCGGAUCCAUGGCGUGGGCUUCAAGAAGCGAGCACCGCGCGCUCUCAAGGAAAUCCGUAAAUUUGCGAUGAAGGAGAUGGGUACUCCUGAUGUUCGCAUUGAUACCAGAUUGAACAAAGCAGUCUGGGCUAAAGGAAUAAGGAAUGUUCCUUACCGUAUCCGAGUGCGUUUGUCCAGAAAGCGCAAUGAGGAUGAGGACUCUCCCAACAAGCUGUACACUCUGGUUACCUAUGUACCAGUCACAACAUUCAAAGUUUAAUCCAUAGAAAAAGACACAGCCGUGUGAAACAAGGAGGAAGACAAUCCAGAACAAACUGAGAACUGAGAAGAGACGAUCUGUAUCUGCAAGCAACAGAAAAGACAGAAUGUGUUCAACCAGCCUUCAGCUUCUGUUUUCUUCUCAAGCAUUACCUUCCUUAAUAAUAUUAUCCAAAGAAAGCAGACAAAUAGUCUCCUGUUUUUUCACAGAGAACAAAGAGAAACCCUCUUUGUGAAGAAAGACAAAAAGGUUGCUCCUGAACUAAAAUGCCACAGCGAGAGAGCGACUCUGAUAAGUGCCUGCAGCGAUCUGCUAUUGUGACAAAGCUGGAUCAGGAUAUGCCUCCUAGUUAACUCACCACUAAAAUAUUUUCCAUUUCUGCACAGCACAGAUGAAUGCUGCUGAUAGCAUCUGCAGUCAGGUCUGGUAGAGCUGUGCUCUCCUGCUAUUGUGCUGAAAGGUGAGAGCCUCCCUGCAUCUACUCAGCUGUGAAGAUUUCUUGGCCUUUAUGUGAAAAGAGGCAUUAUACGGAAGAGUGGGACUUCUAUUGAGGCACACAUGCCUGUUAUUUAAGAGCUGACUGUUUCCUAUGCUCCAAAAUCUGAAGCUUCUGAGUUUUCAGGAUUUUGCUGCAUUUCUUGGGGCUGUGGGCUCCACGUGCAGGGCCUUUCAAACAACAAACCACAGGAUUUUAAGCUGAAGAAGAAUGGCAUUAAUCACAUCUGAAAGUAAGUAAAUUCACCAGCACUGUAUCCACUCCCACUCACCCUAUACCUGUGGAAGGAUGCCAACCCCAACAUCCCUGGAACUGCCUGUCUCCCCACGACUCACACAGGGACACCACACGACAGCCAGGACUGCCCCAGAAACAAGUGCUGAAAUGAGCCAGCCUGCCGGGAGGAGGGAUCCCAGAAUGAAAAAUGGUAGCAGAGGGAUGAGAUGCUGUCAGCACCUACCACUGUGGGCUCAAACAAGAGGUUUUAUUCCAAAGUUGAACACCACAAAUAUAUUUCCUGUUAAGAAAGCAGAUUCUAGGGUUUAAAGGCUUCCCUUCAUAAACACAGCCAAACAAAAUUAGAGCUGGCAAAAUGAAACCCUCUAAAAAACCCACAAACAAAUUUAGCUCUUAAAACAAGACACGCAAUUGUUUAAAUAUGAUACAACAAAGAUGGCCCACGUCACCAAGUCCCACAGCUUCCAUUUAGAGUUUCACAAGACCUCCAACACCAAACAGAAAUGCUAUCUUUCUACUUGCACCCCUGCCUGCUUGAAAAUUUCUACUCUUGCUUAACAAUUUCCAAGCUGGUAUGAUUUUCAAGCAAAUGCCCCAUACUGAGUGGUACUUAACUAAAAAAAGGAAAGCUAGCAUUACAUAAAAAUUAUGUUUAUUGAGUACACAAGCAUCAGAAGAACAAAAGGCAACAAGAUGCAACUGCCUUGUUCCCUACUUUUCAAAAAACUCAGCAAUUCUCUCCGUGUGCAUCUCCCAACUUGCAUGUUACAGGAUCAUGGACUGCCUCCAACUCCAGCACUUCAAAGUGAACGGCAAGCCUGAACUGCAAUAACUCCUUGUGCAUGACCCUCACGUUACCUUCCAAGAGUUUUAAAUGAAAGGAAAUAACACACACAAGACUAAUAAAAUGCCUAAAAGCAUCAGGACGCUUUAAAUCCUGUCCUCGCUGUCAAAUGUUUUUCUGUGGUUUAAAUCCAGCAGAAGCCAACUUGGCAAGAUUUUAGCUCUGCUGAGUCACUUGUUGCCUAUCUAAAAUCUAAAUAGACUUGUUGACCUCCUGCUUUAAGAAACUUUAGAUUCUUCUCGCUAUUGAAACUCCAGAAAGUCAGAUACUUUGGAAAUAACACAUUCAACAAUAUAUGUCUUGUUCAUUAGAAGAACUGCUAAAUUGAUGUGGGAAGAAAGGCUUCUUGUAAGCAAGCCAGGAGACGUUAUCUGAGAAGAGCCAACAUGGACUUGUCAGGACACAUGUAAACUGAACAUCAUUCCCAUACGCAGCAGGAACACUAGACUUGUAGACGAAGGAGUUGCAAUUAAUGUUUUAGCCAAAAUUUAUGAAAGUCUUGAUAUAUCCUCUCAUGGAAGGAUAAAACUAGAGUGACAAACUGUUGAACCAAGACACUUGCAAAAGAAUAUCUCAAAAUAUAACCCUUUGGGGCUCCCUAAUAAACUAGAAGGUUGUAUCAAGAGGAUCCCCUUGAGAAUCUGUCAUAGGUUAGCUCCUAUUCAAUGUCUCCAUCAGCAGCCUGUAUGAUGGACCAAGAGCUUGUUACUAAACUUGCACUCGACGGUAGCUGGUAGAGGCUAAUGAACAUAACAACAAGAUCAGGUUCAGAUUUAUAUUGAUAUAUUGAGGGAUGUUGAGGAAAAAAAGCAUUACAAAUAUUUUCAGCUGUACAUCAUAAGCUUCACAAAUGCAGCAUGGAGAUGAACUCCACCAGCAGCCAUCCCUCGGCGUUACACAGGAUCACAAGCUGAACAAGAGCCAACAGCCUCAUGCUCACAGGAGGAAGAGGAACACUGGCUGGGAUGCAGAAGUGCAUGGCUGCCAAGAUGCAGCAUGGCAGACCCAGAACUGGCAAGGUUUCUGGAGCAAUCCUGCAUCCCACCACCAUGUGCCUUCCCCCACAUGGCAUCAUUCAUGAACGUCCAGACAAGAGUAACCAGAAUGGCUAAAAUCCACACUGGUAAGAAAACCCUGGUGGAAGUAGGGCAGAGCAGAUUCAAGAAAAAAAGAGAAAGAAAAUGCACAUCAACCUCCAAAUACACAAAUGAUUGCUCUAAAGAAAGUGAGCCCUUCUGAUCUCUUCAAUAGUACUGGGUAGAACAAGAAGUGACAGACUUAAAAAGUGUGGAAGAAUCAACUUAGACUUCAGACUUCUAAGUGACAGAACAGUGAAGUACUGGUAUGGAUCCUCAUAUGCCCAUUAUUGCAAAUCCUUAAAAACACAUUAGACAGUCACAAAGAGAUAGUCCAAACCCUACCUUUUGCUACAGAGAUGCAAUAAAAGGACGUUCUUUCAAGUCACAUUCUCCUUGUUGCUCAAGGUUUAAAGCAUUCUCAGAUUCCAUCUCUGAAGGAAUAAAUGCUGAUUGAAGUAACAAAAAAUGUGAAACUACUCAGGAUACUUCAAACAGUUUCCAUUGAGCUUAGAUCAGUGUUAACAACCUUAUUUGCCUUCACAUGAAGCAAAGUCGUUCUCAUUGGUUAUUCACAUGAAGAAAAGAAACUGAUGUGGUUAGAACCUGGGAAAACCGUAUCACACUGUUGAAACCUUACUGACACCAGCACUAAAGCUUUUAAAUUGUGUGUUCUGCUCUAGAGAAUUUCUCACUACAUUUGAGAAAUGCAACGGGUAUCUUUGCAUCAUGAAAGAGAUGGAAAUUAGAAGAACAAGAAACCUACAUCAGAGACUGUUGCAGCCUUUUUUUUUGUUUCCCCCCAAAAAAAGAAAAAAGUUACCAUAUGUGUUCCAGUAAAACUGUAUGGCACAUACAUAUGUCUGCACAAAAUAGCAUUUGUGGGUACCAAACACAUCAGCUUUAAUUUGCUUUUUAUGGCAAUUACCUCAAUUGCCAUUAAUCCCUUCAUAAUCCAUUGUUCUGCACCUUAUCAUUUCAUUAAACAGCACAAAAAACUGCA